UACAGAAGAAAGUGAUUGGUAUUUCUAUAAGGAAAAUUUAGCUUUUUCCCGCUUCCUUAACCCCUUGUGAGUUUUUGAAAAGACUUAAAACACAGCAAAAGGUCCAAAAUGGGGAAGAAGAAGACGAAAGAGCCUGAAGCUCCUCCAAAAGACGAGUUUGAUGCACUGGAACUUGUAAGCAAAAAGCCUCACACAGUUGUGUUGAUGCUCGACUCUCCCGAAGAAAACAUUCAGCAACUUGCCUGUGAAGCCUUGUAUAAAUUUUCCCAAAAAUGUGAUGAAAACAGACAACUGCUGAUGACACUUGGUGCCCUUGACCCACUCUUACGUCUGAUUGGUUCUGAGGAUAAAGUGGUCAAAAGAAAUGCUGCAAUGUGUCUUGGGACUUUAUCUCAUAAUGUAACUAUUCACAGAGAACUGAGAAAAAUGUCAAGUGUCUCAUCUCUUGUUUCUCUCCUUGGACCUGAAGAGGAUGUUCUUUGUCAUGAAUUUGCAAGCCUAGCUCUUGCUAACAUGUCAGCUGAUUUCUCUAGUAAAAUAGAGAUAUUUGAGCAGGGUGGAUUGGAACCUCUUAUCAAACUCCUUUCAUCACCUGACUGUGAUGUACAGAAAAAUUCUGUUGAAUCCAUUUGUCACCUUGUCCAAGACUACCACAGCAGGUCUGCAAUCAGGGAACUCAAUGGGAUACCUUCAUUGCUUAGCAUGUUAAGUUCAGAGUAUGCCAUCAUACAGCAACUGGCUUUAGAAAGUUUGACACAAAUCACUUUGGAAGCUGAGAAUAGGAGCGCUCUUCGAGAGCUUGAGGGACUUGAAAAACUGGUGGACUUUGUGGGAAAUAAGGAGUUCGAUGAUCUUCACGUCCAUGCCUUACAAGUGCUGACUAACUGCUUACAAGACGUAGAAAGCAUGCAGGUCAUCCAGACGUCUGGAGCCUUACAAAAGUUCCUAGCAUUUGUAGCUGAAUCGCAGAUCCCUGAAGUACAACAACAUGCGGCUAAAGCYAUUGCUCUGGCAGCUAAAAACGUUGAAAACAGGAAAAUCCUUCAUGAACAAGAAUGUGAAAAAACUUUAAUUGCCCUACUGCCUACAGAUAAUCCUGGAAUACAGACAUCCCUUGCCAUGGCCUUGGCUGUCAUGUCAGAAAACCUCAGCAGUAGAGACACCAUUGGUAAACUAGAGGGUAUUCAACCAAUCAUCAACUUGCUUAACAGUGAAUCCCCKGAUGUACGAGAAGCUGGUACUCUUGCUCUGGCCAAUCUCACCACCUCAAACCCACCAAACUGCAGUGAUGUUGUCGAGAAGGGCGGCAUAGAACCUCUGAUCGCGAUGCUCACGGAUCCUAAAUCACUCAUCCAAUCAAAUGCUGCAGUGUGCCUCACUAAYCUGGCUUCUGAUGAGUCCUGGAGAUCUGAAGUUCAGCAGCGGGGUGUUGUCCCUGCUUUGGUACAAGCCCUACAGUCAAACGCUGCUGUUGUACAGAGUAAAGUAGCCGUUACCGUGGCGGCAUUUGUUGGCGAUGCUGAUUCAAGAAAUGAGUUGAGAGCAGAAGGAGGGCUUCCUCGACUUGUUGAGUUACUACAGUCCAAUAAUGAUGAAGUAAGACGAAGUGCAUCCUGGGCAAUAUUACAGUGUGCUAACGACCUGCCUACCGCCACAGAGAUCUGUCAACUUGGUGGUCUUGAUGUUCUAAGAGAAAUUUCCUUGUCUACGACUCGUCAGUCUGGGUUUGCCUCAGUUGCCAUGGAAUGUUUGCUUGACAGUAAUUUACCAGCGAAGUACGCUACUACAGGAUCUCUUAGUCCAAGCAACAUYAUUCAGGACGGAUUUUACGAUGUUGGACCGAUGAAAGUUGGUGCCAAAUUCCUUACCCUCGAAGAACUAUCAAAAGAACCAUUGAACGAACACCGACCGAUACUCCUGAUCAACUCCAAGGAACAACAGAGGGAAGUUUCUUCUCCUAUUCUUGUCGUCAAGGAACCUGAGAAACCAAGUCCUGACAAGCCAGGCUCCAAGGGAAGCAAAUCCAACCUUAAAAGUAAGAGUCGGUUGAUGCGUGAGCGAGAAGAACAGAAAGCAAAAGAGGAAGAAGCUGCUCCACCUGAACCACAAGAACCUCAAGAGGCACCAUCCACCUGGACACCGCCAACAGAUCCUGCCUUCUUUGAAUACAUUGAAGAGAUUAAAUCAACUAUACARCCUUUGCUCAGUUCGCACGAGCAAAUUGUUGCACUUGCGAGGUUUGUCAGUGAUAAGAUGGGUGGUCCAGUAGAGCGUGAUGCACUCUCAUCCUUCAGCUACGAGCUACCGAUCAGUCAAAUCAAAGUUGAACUGGAUUCUAACAUCAUUCCUAUUGGUAGAAUCCAUACAGGGAUAUUCUACCACAGGGCUUUAUUGUUCAAGGCUCUUGCUGAUCGUAUCGCUGUUAGCUGUUCCCUCAUCCGUGGUGAAUACAACAGGGCCUGGAACGAAGUCAUGCUUUGUGAAGACUCCAAGGCUGGUGGUCCGAUCCUUCCUCCCAAGACCUACAUAGUUGAUCUAAUGUACGAACCUGGACGUCUGAUGCUCAGCGGGUCUCCUGAUAGUAUUACAUAUCAACGCCUUUAAAAAUGUAAAGCACAUUUCGAUCUCACUAUUUACACCAGUUUAAGAAUUGUUGUAAAAAAGACCCAUACCCCCUGUCCCCCACCCCCUACCCCCACACCCACCCUUUUUAGGCCAUCCCCGUCCCUAUUAGGCCGCUACGCGGCCGAAGCAAGAGUGCUGUKCGGUCGUUGACAAUUAUUUUUUUGUUAUCCAAAACUGAAAAAGAUUUAACAUUGUAAGUAUGUAUAAUUUCCACUCACUCGGCCGAKCUUGUCCCGUGGAUUUGAUGAAUUAAGGGAUUAAGUUAGUAGCUAGCUAACGGUUUACUAGUUUUUUGACACAUACUUACUUAAAUAGCAAGUCAUAAUCACCCAUAAAGCAUUCGGGUCUUGGUAUCUUUGGUUUGAUCCAAAGAAGAAGAAAACAAAGAAGACUCGGAAAAGGGAGUGUUAUAAAUUGGCGUGUUAGACAUUGUAUUGUAAAUGCGAGAAGCAAAGCACUGUUGGAAGAUGUUUGCUCAUGUACUUUAUGUUACACUUUACUUACUUAUUAUAAAUACAAUAUCUUGUUAUAUAUUUACAUCAGAAACCCGCUUGGCAAAGCUCUCUAUGGAUUUUUAAUUAAAAGAUACAUUUUUGUCG